AUGGCGAUGUGGAUGAAUUUUUUAAAUCUAAAAUGCGUUGAUGCUGUAACUGGCAUGAGUUUUGUUUCUGCGCACCCUAUAACAAAGACUGACACACGUAAACCAUCUGUGCGCAGAUUGGGACCUCCUAAGGAAUUCAUCAACGUUUGCCUCGAGACGCACAAUUUGUACCGCACGAGGCAUGGAGUGCCUCCACUUCGUCUCAAUAAACAGCUAUGUAAAACAAGCCAAGACUGGGCCAACAUACUAGCGGCUAGGGGUAGAUUAGAACACAGGGCGAACAUAGACUACGGCGAAAAUUUGUACUGCAUGUGGAGCUCCAAUCCGAAGACUAUUGUGGGCGGUGAUGAGCCUGUAAACGAAUGGUAUGCCGAGGAAGCACAGCAUCAAUACGGAAAGGAGCCCACCACCCUAAAAACUGGUCACUUCACUCAGGUCGUGUGGAGAGACAGCACGGAGUUAGGUGUUGGAAUGGCCAGGAAUCGUAACGGCGAAGUUUAUGUCGUCUGUAAUUAUAAUCCAGCUGGAAACUACCUAGGCAGUUUCACGCAGAAUGUUUUACCACCCGGAGGCUCGAGUCCUAGCAAAAAGAUCAGCUUCUUAGAUCCUAAGCCACAUUACACGUUAGAUGAACAAUCAUGGCAACAAGAGGCUUUGCUCGUUCAUAACGAGUACAGAAGGAGACACCGUGUACCCGACUUGAGGUUGAGCUCGGAACUAACCUCUGCUGCUAAGGCGUGGGCGAACACGUUGCUGAACACGAACAAGCUGAUUCCGCAGUCGACGUCUCCGUACGGGGAGAAUAUCUACUCGAUGCAAUGUUCCGAUCCUAAGUUGAUCGUACCGGCACGGGAAGUUGUUUCGAAGUGGUAUUCGGAGAAGAAGGAUCACAAGUAUGGCACAGAGCCAAAGGUCUUAAAUACAUGCCAUUUCACACAGAUCAUUUGGAAGAACACCACCGAGAUGGGUAUAGCGAUGGCCAAAAGAGACGGAACCUGCGUGGUAGUAGCAUGUUACCAUCCGAGGGGUAACAUCGUUGGUCAGUUCACGGAGAAUGUGUUGAAACCCGCGAAAACUCACUAGAUAGUCCAUUAGACGGAUUUAUCCAUACCUGUCGAUAAUGUAUUUAAACGCUGUAUUUAUAAUAUCAUGCAUAGCGACAAUACGCAUAAUAUAUGUAUAUAUAGCAACACAGAUGUGCAUACACGUAGAAUAAAAGAAAACAUUCCACGAA